AAACAUUCGUUUGUUGUUACUCCAAAUUCGUUGUGUGACAAUGGCCCUAUCUCCUACAUUAUCGAACUUCUCCUUCCCUUCGGAAGUAUUGUACCGUGACGUAAGAUGAUAGUAUAUUUCGGCGGAACUCUCUUGACAGACAAUGAUUCUCUUCGGGCGGAUAUGAGCAUCGCAUAGUUAUACGGCACGAUCACUCUAAGUAAAAGAACAAUAAAGUGUGAAUGAAAAGCCUAGGCAGACCAAGUCCAGAACGAGUGGUCAAAGUGCCCAAUUCCGCGGUAUAACUGACCGUUCUUUCACUACUCCACGUGCAGCCUUUGUUUUAUUAUCUCUUUGCUGUCCUUCGGAAAGCGUACUACCCGUUGCCAGCUAAAUCUUAUCAAAACCGGAAAAUGAAGGCUACACAAAAUCGGAAAGCUAAGCCUACGCAGAAUCUGAAUAUGAAGGCUAUGCAAAAUCUGAAGAUCAAGCCACUCGAGAAAGCGUGCCCAAAUCCUGAUUACACAUUUCAGAUUCCGGUAGCUCAGCCAGAGCUCGAAGCGCGAGCGCAACUCUACCCCGCCUCGUAUUUCCAUUCGCACCCUUGUCAUGUGUGCUCACCAUACGGCUUCGGUAAAUGUGAUUCGUCGGGAGCUUUCGGAUUAUGGAGGCAAUUUCAGAUUUCGUAUCCUACAAAAACGCAAAAUCUGAAUUCUUGGCAGCCUCAGCCUUGUGUGGUCGACUGCGAUAAGAAGCCUCACUAUGUCCACAUCCUUCACCGGGGCAAUCCAUCUCUUAUUCCCCAAGCAUCAUGAGUCAAGCUCGCUCAAAAAGGAUUGCAGAUAGCGAAUGGGAGAAACACAAGGGGGAGAUCAUAGCCCUCUACGUGAAAGCCAAAACAGGGCUGAAGGGCAAACAUGGUUUGGUUGAAUUGAUGAGGAAUAAGUAUGGAUUUGUAGCAAGUGAAGCGCAAUAUGAAUACCGACUGAAACAGUGGGGCAUUCGUAAAUACGGCAAUAAAGACCAUUGGAGACUGAUCCAUGAAAUCCUCACCCAACGAGAGUCGAUCAAUGAAGAAUCCGACGUAUACAUAUCUGGCCGAAAGGUUUCAAAAGAGAAACUGAAGAGAGAAAGAAAGAGAUAUCGCAGCAACCAUCCUCCAAUAUUAUCCGAAGACCGCUUACCUGACUAUAUACGGAUAAGCACACCAGACUUCGAAUCUCUCGCAACCGCAUCAAAUUCCAAUGAUCAUGUUCAACAUCAAGCGGCCGAAAAUUUACUUUCAGUCACUUCAACAGAGGCCGAAGAUGUCAUCGAGCUACCAUUAUAUUCCUCGAACAAUUAUAUGGCCGGCAUCGCCUCAUCUUUGACACUGUCCAAUGAGUCGCACAACUGGCCAUAUAUGAUAGAUAGCUCUAGCAGUCUCCUGGCCGACCUAGGAUCUGGAUUGAGCGUGGAAGACUCUUCUGUAUUCUUUCAAAGUCCUUUGGGAAGCCCCUUGCAAUUCAUUCCAGAUCUAUGUGGGGAUUGGUUUGACAGCCCACUCAGCGAUAUUGGACAGGGAUCUAUAGCGUUGUUUCCAAACGGCGAGAUGUCCAACAGCCUAAUCAAUUUUCUGGAUGGUCUAAACCUUACCGCGUCUUCCAUCUUCGGCGAGCUCGCCAGGAACUCUGUCGAUCCCACAUUUUUCACCGGCAUUUCUCAGGUCAUGUUCGUUCCAGAAACAACGUGGAUUCUUACAAACAAACGCACCGAUCUGCAGUUGUUAUAUACUUCCAUUGCGGCGCUAGCAAACAACUCCAUAGAUCUGGAAAAUCUUCGGGACUCCACUGUGCCAAUGAACGUUCAGAUUAGGAAAAUGAUAGCCUCCCUCGAUAAGCUGGGUGGCGAGAGUGUGAAAUCUCUACUGGAAACUUUCCCACAGCCUUUCCGGUCCUGUAUCGAGGAGGGUCUCUUCUUGGCUGCUGUCGAAAUUGGUGCCGUCCGAAUUGUAGAUGCGCUCUUGGACAGAAACAUCAAACUAAGAUCGCUCCAAGUUGCUGUGAAUGGUACCACAUAUACGCCGCUCUUGCGUUCAUGCAUUCGAGGAGAUAUUGCAGUGAUUAAAUCAAUACUAUCGCGAUCAGAACUUUCGCAUAUCCAGCACACCUUCACACAUUUUGUCUACAUAAAAGGCCCGAAUUUCGAACCACCAAAAGCAGAAUUAUUUGCGGUGUUCCUACAAGGAGGUCUUCGCAUGGAUUCUCACAUGAUGGAGACAGUGUUGAAAAGAUUCAAUCCGGAUCAAAUCUCGAAAACACUCGUGCACAACCUGGCCAACGAUAACACAUCAGAGUUGUACACGUCCGACAUCCUGGAUGAUCUUUUCCGGAUCUGUGAUCAUAGUACUGCGAUUGAAAUUGUCAUCAGUUUGUUGAAUCCAGAAAGAUGUGCACAUAUCAGGAAAGAUCCGGACUUUCUCCCCUCAAAGCUCACAAAAAUACUUAACAAGGCAAUGCAGUUCCGCCAUAUCGAAGCCGCAAUGUGGCUAUUGAGCCAAAAUGCCCAGCCAAAUUCCAGAACGCUUUACUAUGCUGUCAAGACAGAAAGGGCCGACGUGGUGGAAUGCGUCUUGGAAGCAGGGAUGCGACAAUCUCAAGACGCUUCUAGCAUAUUCCAACGCGACAACUAUAUGUGUAUAACCAUUGCUGAGGCACUUGGCACAUAUCAAGUUCCAAUAUUGGAUGUUCUGAACCGAUUUGGGCUUAUGCGGGUAUUGAAAACUGACGGCGUGGUAAUCCAGAUGUCUAUAUCCGUGGCCUGUGAAACAGGAAAACAGCAAUUGCUCGAAUACCUUCUUUCGCAACGCGUAGUACUCAAUAUUCCAGGGAAAUAUAUGGGACAUUCAUCUCCGUAUUUCAAUGCAAUGAAGAACAAUCACGACGAACUUGUUCCUAUAUUGAUAAAACAUGGGAUUCGACCUUGCGAAGCCGAUAUGAAUCACGCUCUUCAGCUCCGCAAGCUUGAAGCAAGUGAAGCAAUCCUCGAUAGUGUACUGGGUCUCGAUAAUAACGAAUCGCUACACUUGGCUAUAGCGGCAGGUUAUCCCGACAUCAUUCGCUCGCUUGUUGUCUCAGGUGCGAGUCUAGAAUAUGAGCGAAAGCAUAAUUGCCGGUUUCCAGAAGAGUGGCCGGUGGAUGCAGGCGGAGUGUAUGGAACCUUAGCCACGGCCAUUAUUUGCAAAAGGCAGAACAUCAUUGAUCUUCUAUUCGAGCUCGGCGCGCCAAUCAAUGUUACUUCAAAAAGAACAAGGCCUUUCGGUGGAGAAUCUUCUUCGCUCAUCUCACCAUUAUGCGCUGCUAUAAAUACGAGAAACAAUGGCAUGGUACAUGAAUUGCUCGUUCGGGGCGCCAUACCCAAUGAUGAAAAUGCCCUGCUUGGGUGUGUUCAGACUGGAAAUUUGGAUAUGCUCCAGGUUUUGUUGGGUGCUGUCCGAUCUUCGCGUUGCAAUUCAAAGAGGCUUGGUGGACUGGUAGCGCUUGGUUCUGCGAUAUCGAGCGGAAAAUCAGCCAUGAUUCAAGAACUUGCUCUAGUCACAGAUAUCAACGCUCUGGGCAUAAAGGAAGGGAUGUUUGCACUCUCCGCUUUAGGGGCUGCGAUGCGCCUUGCGGGGAAUUUUCGACUACGAGUCAUUCGCGAAUUGCUCUCUUUGAAACCAGACCUGAACAGUCUUGCUUGCAGAGCGCAUGAAAAUCGUGGUGGUGUAUAUGUAAGUCUUAGCGAAACCCCUUUGGUCUUGGCUAUACGUAUGAGGGAUAUAGAUGCUGUUCGGCUCCUGGUUUCUGCAGGUGCAGAUACAAACCCGCAUCCACAGAUGGGGGUGAUUCGAACACCGCUCCAGGCUGCUGUCGAGGCUGGUGCGUUGCAUAUUGUACAUUUCCUUCUCGACCAGGGCGCCGAAGUCAACGCUCCCCCUGCAAUCCGAGAUGGACGUACUGCAUUGCAGGUCGCGGCUGAAAAAGGAUUCAUCGGGAUAGCUAGUGUACUCAUCAGUGCAGGCGCCCUCGUUAAUGCACCAGCAGGACAUUUUGUGGGGCGUACAGCAUUUGAAGCAGCCGCUGAGUUCGGCCGCAUCGAGAUGCUGAUAUUCUUGGCUGAUAAGGGGGUGGAUAUCGUUAGUGACGGGGGUAAGCAGUACCGAAAUUCACGCAUGAUGGCCGAGACAAAUGGGCACACUGGGAUUAUCAUGUUCAUUGAGGACCUCUAUAACAAGCAGUGCUUAUACCGGUCUGCGAUGGGCAUGGCACCGUUGGAAACUGGGGAUCCCACCGAAUCUUUGGACUUCGACCCUAGGAUGUUUCUGUAA